AAUUUCUCACAUUAUUCUACAUUAAAUGAUUAAUAGACUUAAUCUUUCUCAUUAAUUUUACCAAAUUAGCUUAUCUUUUAUGCGAUCUAGAUCUAUCUGCAUUAAAUAGAGUUCCCAUGGCUAAAGAUAAGAAAAACUCUUCUACAAUUAGGCGCAAAAAGGGUAAACAAGUUGCAGUAGCUCUGCAAAAAUUACGAGGUGAAACUUCAAAUCGAACACACUACUUGGGAAGUGAUGAUCAGAUUGCAGCUACUGAUAUGGAAGAGAAAUGUUAUCUCUUUGAUGAAAGGGUAUUGGGAGCAUCUGUUCUCAGACGACUGAUGUUGGAUAAUCACUGUCUUUUCUUGACUUUGCUAGCAGUGAGAUUUGCUAAUGCUUUGCUUUUGCAAACUCAGUAUGUUCCAGAUGAGUACUGGCAAUCUCUAGAAGUGGCCCAUAAGAUGGUAUUUGGGUACGGCUAUUUGACAUGGGAGUGGAGAGAAGGACUUCGUGGCUACAGUUACCCUCUUUUGUUUGCAUUCUUUUUUAAAGUCUUAAGCAUCUUUGGAUUGGAUUCUAGAAUGAUGCUGGUAAAAAUUCCAAGACUUAUUCAAGGUGUAAUAGCUGCCUAUGGUGACUUGCAGCUUUAUAAAUUAUCAGCCAAAUUAGGAGGACGAUCUACUGCUCAAUGGACACUUAUUUGUCAAUUACUGUCUUGGUUUACAAUAUAUUGCUGUACAAGGACAUUGAGCAACUCAACAGAGACAUCCUUGGUCAUUGCUGCCUUGAGCUACUUUCCAUUGCCAGACUACCCAUCAAAACCAGGUGAUCUUCAUAAGUUUCUGUUACUUGCUGCAUUAUCUGUCAUUGUUCGUCCAACAGCAGCUCUAAUUUGGAUGCUUCUGUGUUCUUGGCACCUGCAACGACUGCACGGCUCCCCCAUGUUUGCGAGAGUCCUGGGUAUAUAUAUUUCUGUGGGUGUCUCUACAUUUGCUGCUUCUUGUGUGAUUGACCGUAUUUGGUAUGAGCGGUGGACUUGUGUUCAACUUAACUUCUUGCUAUUUAAUGUCAUCAAAGGUGGUGCUAACAUAUAUGGUGUGCAUCCAUGGCACUGGUACAUUUCACAAGGAUUUCCUGUCAUUCUUGGAACAUUCAUUUUCCCCUUUGUCAUCGGAGCUUAUCAAAGCAAGAAUAAAACUUUACUUUGGAUCAUUGUGUGGAUUCUUGCUACUCACAGUUUUUUGCCUCACAAGGAGUUUCGUUUUGUUCUGCCUGCGUUACCGUUAGCCAUGCACUACUGUGGUGUUUACUUUCAAAUGUUGUGUGCUCCACCAUCUUUGAAAAAAAUUAAACAUUCCAUGAAUGAAGUGAAAUUUAUACUACCAGAAAGUAGCGUAGGUACUAUUCCGAAUGAAAAUUUGAAUGAAACAGAAUUAGAACAUGAUAAUGGAUCUCAAAGUUCUGACACCAAUGGGUCAGCUCAAACUUUUGUUAAGUCAGAUGAGAUGAGACAAUCUGAUGAGAAGGAAAAGACUUCUCACACAAAAGUAAAUCCAAAUUCAAAACUGAUCACUGAAGAAGACAAAGAAGAUUUGAAAGAUGAUAAAAGUUGUGACAAAAGUGAUUUGCUAUUAGAAAAGAAAGACUUGAAAGUGACUGGCUCAAUAAAGUCUGUCCCAAUUAUCAAGUCAACUAAAGUCAGCUCUGCUGAAGAACAUAAGUUACAGGAAGCACAACGUGAUAGGUUGCACACACAAAAUCUGUCCAAAGCCAAGAUCCUGAUUUUCGUUUUGGCCUUGACCAAUCUUCUCCCUGCUCUGUAUUUCUGCCUCCUUCAUCAGAGAGCUACUGUGAUGGUGACCAAAUAUCUACAGGAGACUAGCUUGACCACACUGGACAUGAAUGUGUUGUUUCUGAUGCCAUGUCACUCCACACCGUACUACAGCUACAUUCACCAAAACAUUACUAUGAGAUUUCUAACAUGCGAACCCAAUUUAUUGGGAAUCGCCAAUUACACUGAAGAAAGUGAUUUAUUUUAUCAGGAUCCUAAAGGAUGGUUAAAGAAGGAAUACUCAAACUCGCGCAGGAAAUGGCCAACACACAUCGUCUACUUUGAUGUCCUGCACUGGGACAUUAACAGCGUCCUCAUACAGGGUGGAUACAAGCUGUGUCAGGAGUUUUUCCACACUCAUCUGCCAGAAGGGAGAGUUGGUGGAAGUGUUUACGUCAGCUGUAGGUAGUUGAUAAUGAGCUUGAAUAAAUGCAUUUCUAAUAUGUUGUGUCCAUUAGUUUAGUUUUCAAGCACAUUCCCUUCAUUGUAAAUGUAAGGCAUCAAAUGUGUGAAAUAUGCAUUUCAUGAAAUAUGAUACCACUGCCCACUGUUGAGUAGCAUAAUUAAUGAAACAUUGGUUGUAGAAUAAAUAUAGAGUUAAAAAAAAAAGUUAUGAAAAAUUAAACUAUGAACUUUCAGUUCAAUAUUUUAGAUUUUACCAAUGUUAGAGAGUAGUUAACUAUUUGGAAAUAUUCUUGAAAGGAAAGAUAAGUUUUGAAGUAGUCUUGAUAAUUAGCAAACCAAACAAACUUCCCACAAGUGAUGAGACACUCAUCACUGUCUGGCCAUGGAUGGCUGUCUGGUCGUGUGAUGUGCGCUGUGGUCUGUCCUCCUGAUGGUCCAGGGUUUAAGCCCUGUCUUCUGUCAUCCUCAGCCAUCCUGCAGAUGUUUAGGCUAGGAUGUAAUUAUCUUACAUUCUGAAGGAACAUCCUAGACAUGUAAAAAAAAUAGGAAAAAAUCAAAAUUCCUACAUCUUAAAGAUUGUGAACACAUUUCUCAUUUGAUUGAAAGGUUAAAUUGUGAAAUAGCAAAUAUUUAUUGUUGACUACGUUAUUUCAUGUCACUUGUUAAAAAAAUGACGAACAAAUUUUAACGAACAGAUGGAUUAGAUUGUAAAUAAAAUUGAAUCUAAACCAUUUUUUUUUCUAAAUGAUGUUCUUACGUGCUUAUGUUUGUGAAUUACAUUCUCAUUAUCCUAUCUCUCAGGUGACAUCAAAGAAAGUUUGUUUUUUCUGUUGUACUGUUUUAGUUGAAUUAACAAAUUAUUGCAGUUGAACAUAUACUUACAACUAAAAUGUUUUGUUGUUAAAAAAUAGAAAACUUGCAAUUAGCCAAAAAUUAUGUUGUUUUUUUUAUUGUAGUGUUAUUACCAAAAAUGUUGUCCAUAAUUAUCAUUCUAAUUAAAACUAGUAGCUAAAGUAUUUGCAUAUAAUUCAAACUAGGAGUUAGAAAUGUUUAUAACUUGUCUCCAAAACUUUUCAACUUAACUUUUACUAGAAAAUUAGCAUAACCUGACUUCUCUGGAUUUUUUUAUUAUAUAAUUUAAUUAGAUAUCCUGGGAUUAGGAAAAUCAAAUUAAAAAAAAAAAAGUGGGAGCCAGUAUAAUAGAGAAAUAGCAUCUGAGUUUUAAACAUUAAACAUUAUGUCUUUAAAAUUCUUGCUGGCAAUGGAAAUGUUACUUUUUUAAAUACAUUUCAGAGUUUAUUCUUCUUACAGCUUUGUUACAGUUCUACAAAAGCAUUCUCAAAAUAAUUACUUUAAAAUAGAUUUGCUUUAACCUUGAUGCAGAUGAAUUUAUGUUAUGACAUAUAUCUGAUUUUCCAAUUUGUUAAUGAAUUAGUAGUCUUAAUAUAUUUAGACCAUUUUGAUACAUAAGAAUAAGGUUACCGUUUUUAACUAAAAAAUAUUUAUAUUUUAUGUCCUACGUAUGAUGAACAUAUUUGACAUAUUUCAUAAAUACUAAGUAACCAGUAUAAGAGUCUUUAGAGAAUACAAGUGAACUCUUUUGUUGAAUCCUUUUUGCUAACAACCCAUGGAAAUACUCAGUCUAAUUCAGAAAAGUACAACCAAGUAAGAUAACAAUUCUUUUUUUUUAAGUUUCUCCUAACUAAUAUCAUCAAGUAAAUACAAACUGUCUCUUCUCUUAUGGUACAAAUUAAAUUUUACAGUAAAGUAAUUGCUUUGAUGACCUAUUAUAUUUAGUCUUAACAAGAUCAUGAAUAUGCAAGUAUCUUGUACUAUAAUUUGUAUCUAAAAUAAAAUGUGCAUAUUACAAUCAAAAUAGAGCUCAUUGAUUCUUAUCUUUGUUGGAGCUUAUCACUGACUCUUAUCUUUGUUUUAUUUAAUAAAAAAUAUUCAAUUUGCUGUUUAUAAUAUUUGUGAUAUCACUUGUGAGCAUAAAAUAAAUUUAAAAGUGAACCUUGUUGCCAAAUCAUGAAACUAUUUAUAAAUAAGAAGUUUAGAAUGGCAGCACGAAAUACAUGGAAUACAAUGUUUUAAAUGAAGGCAUUUCACCAUAUUUAAUUAACCAGUAUUCUUUCAGUAAAACCUUUGACUGUUAGUGUUGUAACUAUAUACAUAAAAUUUAAAAAAAAAUUAAAAUAUAUAUAUAUAAAGGCUUUGCUUAUUUAUUUAUAAAAUAUGUAUUUAUCUUUCAGGGAAGUAAAUAAGCAAAGCCUUUUUUUUAUUUCAAGACCUAGAUACAAUUUAGGUGUUAUACAAAGCAUUCAUGAAUCUGACCUCUAUUUUUUCUCAGUGUCUUUU